CAAAUGUUCAUGGAAUGUACUUUGUAAUUCCGAUAACGCUUGUAUCGGCAGUGGUCGCGUUAAUUGGUAAUAUAUUGGUAGUAAUAGUGAUCAUGAGAAGGGAGCCGUUGCGUUCGCAGUCUGCCUACAAAUUCAUAACUUCACUUGCCAUUGCAGAUAUUCUCGUCAGCUCGGUCGCUCAGCCUCUCUAUGUGUCUGUUCUGAUGUCCGGGUCCGGUUCCUAUUGCUGGCUGGAACGUGUUAGCCAUUUUUUUGGGUCACUAGCAUCCAGCGCAUCUGCACUCGGUCUCCUGAUCGUCAGUAUCGAUCGCUAUAUAUUCAUCACAAAGCCGUUGCAUUACCAUUUUCUAAUGACACCCUUCCGAGUUUGGUUUGCCUUGAUAUACAUCUGGGUGAGCGCUGUGCUUAUUUCACUGCUUCCCUAUAUGGCUGGAAAAAAGGCAUUUCAUAUUGUUGUGUUCUCCGCUACAAUAUUGGACCAUUUUGUGACAGGAGUUUGCUACUUGACCAUCUACCGUGUAGUUACGAUGAAAGUUAGCGACGAUCUCAUCAACAACCAGAACAAGUCCCACCGCCAGCGCCAGGCAACCAGGACUGUCGCUUUCGUCCUGUUAGCAAUGGUCAUUUGUUGGAUGCCCUACAUUACAGCGUCAUUCGUAUGGGGAAUCAACAUUGAAAAAUGGGCACCAGAUUCGGCAAUGAUUUCUGUCUACUUUUGGUUGCUAGCAUUAGGGCACUGGAAUUCCUCUGUGAACGUAAUGAUUUACAGUUGGAAAAACACGGAGCUACGCUCCUCCUUAAAGUCAUUUCUCGGCAUUCGAUCACAAGAAAACGAGAAUCUGUCAUCAAAUAACCAUAACAACUCCAAUCAGAAUCAGAUAGCGCCCCAAAAAGCUAUUAAUCAAAGCCGCCCAGAAACACUGACGGUUGAAUCGCUUGUUUAAAACCCCUGUUAUAAGGGAGCUAAGGGAGCUAGAGUAUCUUUUCUUAAAUCGAAAAUGGAAUAAUUCUUAGAAAAAUAGAAGGCAGACUUUAAAUUGGUGUAUAUAGCAGAUCCUACUGUUUGGGUAAAUGAUCUAUCGAAACGAUCUAUUCGAGUCACGUGUUCUUUUGGAACAUACAUUGGCGAAGAACAAACGAGCACACUGCUAGGUCGAUGGACGUUUUACUUACUGGUGGAAGAAUAUUUAGCCAUCUAAGUACUGCUUGCUAAGCAUAGCUCCAAUUGAUUGUACCAUGGGGCUAUCAAUUACAUUUAAUGAAACAGUAUGCUACUAGCCUACUCUUGGUUAGAAUUACGUUACAUUUUAUGGCGUGCCUGAAUACCACAUGAAGGUCUUAUCCUUGAUAUUCUUGCAAUACCUUAGCAACCAGCCGGGGAUAUUGGCGUGUUAGAAAUUGUUUAUAAAAUAUUUAGAAUAAAAAUUGUGUGUAUUGAUUCUGUUUCCAAGGUAACUCCGCUAUUUCGGAGUCACAAUCAACCAGAUUAAAAGCAGUGAUGUGAGAUUAAAUUUCUCGAUUGCUGUUUUAUCGCUGGUUAAUAAAUUCUCACAGUAUCGUUGUAUUAUUAUUGUUACAUUUAAGUGCGUUGUACACGGUUUUUUAACAUACUGUUAAAGCCCUGCAUUUAGGAAGUUUUCUAAUUUUCUAAAUGGAAGAAAAUUUUGAUUCCCGUUAAUUAUGUUGGAGAUUUUAUCAUUUUUUGUGUUUUGAAAAAAUAAAAUAAGCUUCAAGCUUUCUUGUACGCUUUGGAAAUCUCCAGUGGUUUAAUGACGUCUCUUGUGUGAUGAUUACGAUGACGGUGCUUGAGUAGUAUACAAAGAAGCUUGCUUUGUUGUUUCCCAACUUGAUGUUGUUUUGUCUACAAACGUAGAAGAUUUUUUUAGUUCCACGAGUAGCUUUUGGUGAUUAAACGAUAAUGUAUCAAUAAUCCGAAAGUUUUUUCGCUGUUAGUUGCUAUUUAGUGACGAUGAUACAGUAGAAACCCGUAUAAAAGAACCCAGGUUUUUUCUGGCAGCCUGGAUAGGUUCUUAAUUAACAGGCUGCUAUUCUAAAUUCCAGCCUGUAAGGUUCUUAUAUACGCACAGGCCUUGCACACGUUAACAGAUUUUUCCACUGCAAGAUUUCUCACUGACACCAGCUAUAUAUUUCAUGUUUUACUUCAACCAAUCAAAUGAUUUGUCUCGUUUGGUUGUCCAGUUAGAAUGCAACAUACCAUAACCUAGGUUACUUUAAGCUGGUUUAAUUUGCUAGUGUGAAUAGGGUAUAAGAAUACAAUUCUUAAUGUUGUUUAUUCUUAUAUAUAAAUAUAACAACAUUUACAAGUUUCAGGCUCUUAGGGGUUCUUAUCAAGGGGGUUUAAAAGAUUAAAUUUCAGCCUUAAGGUUCUUUUAAAAACAGGUUAGACCUUUUACACGGGUUUCUACUGUAGCUUAUAUUGGAAUUCCAACAGUAUUAGAUCUUUUUUGGUACCAGGCACUGUUUCACUGUGGAGACAUUGUAACAUUAAUGUUCAUUGACCAGGGACGCCUGAAUACAUUUUGGGGUAAGGGCGCUCUAGACCAAUUGGCAAUUUUUAUGGUAGUUUUUCUACCAUUACCCCGGCUCCGGCGUGCCUGUAAACUAGGUAAGGAAGUGUCAUCCAAUACACCUCUUUACAUAGUCAUAAAUUCAGCAGUCAUAGCAGUAAGCUGUUCUGAUAGGCAUCUGUCAUUUUCUCACGUUGCUAAUGCACCGUCGUUGGCACUUUCAUAGGGACCGUCGUAGCCACCGCCAUAGGUCUCGUCGUAGACAACUUCGUAGGCACAUUUGUAGAUAACUUCAUAGGCACAGUCGUAGACAUCUUCAUGAACACCGUUGCGGACAAGUUCGUAGGCAACGUCGUAGGCACCGUUGUAGACAACGUCAUAGGCAACAUCGUAGGCACCGUUGUAGACAACGCCAUAGGCAACGUCGUAGGCACUAUUGUAGACAACGUCAUAGGCAACAUCGUAGAAUAUGUAGUAGUUUGGCAGCAUUGCCUUGGAUUAUAUUGACGCUAAAUUUCGUAAGAGCAUCGUAAAAACUGUAGUUUAAUCUAAAAUUGUUUUUGUUAUUAUGGUUUUUAACCAUGAACUGCAGCAUAGCUGAUAGUCUGUUUUAAUUAACUAGAUAAUAACUUUGAAAAAUUAUGAAUUUUUUAUUUUCAGGAACAUAUAUGUUCUGUUAAGAAAUUAAUAUAUAAUAACUGUAAAUAGAUAUUAAGUUAUUAAAACUCAAGCAAUGAAUAAUGUUUGA